ACAUUUCAAAAAUGGCGACGAAGUUUCGUCGUGCUUUGAAAAAUUAGGUUAGGAUUAUGAAAAUAUUCGUGAAGACGAAUCACCAGGUUGAGUCGAAUUUUCUCAAUUUAUUCGCGAAUCCUCACGUUGACAGAAGCACAUUAUGGCGCAAAGUAGAUUGGAAAAAAUUGGUACAAUCUAUUCCAGGAUCAUUUCACUAUUAAAGGGCAAAGCUAUGAAAGAGGAAGAUAAACCAUUAUGGUUGGCAGUGUAUGAAGCUUUCCCUCCGAAAUAUGAACCUAGAUACGAUAGAAAACUGCCGCAGAAACCAAUCAGACCUAUCUUUUACGAAGAGGAUUUAAUUCGAGCAAGAUUUCACAAGGAUCAAAAUUUUAUACCAGCUACUAAUUUAGCAAAUGAAAGUAUGAAAUCUGCAACACAAAACUUUCUAUCUCUAUACAAAACGAUAAAAGAGCAAGAAGAAUUAUCAGAAAAUAAUGUCUAUGAAAAGGCAAUGCAACAGUACACUCUUGAGAUAGAAACAAGAAAGUCAAGGAAAGUUGAAUCAUUUAAUACAUUUAAGUAAUUACAAAAUAUAUUUUUAUUAUUUUUUUUUUUGUAAAUAAAGACCUUGUUAUUUAGUAAAUAGUAAUUUGUAUUAAUUGAAAUAUAAGUAUCCACUGCUUAUAUUUACUAUAGAAAUAGAAAUUAUAACAGAAUCUUAUUCAACAAGUAUAGUUUGUAUUUCGUGACAAUCAAUACAUUAAAUAACAAUGAAUUUCGGUAAAAUUACAACUUAUACUGUUGAGUAUGAUUAAAUAUAAUAUAAUCUUCAUGAUGAGUAAACAUGAAUUUACAAUGAUGGUUCCUAAUGUGUCGAGAUCAAUCGUAGAAUUUUCUCUUAGUGUAAUAAUUAUAAAUCUUACAACAUUACUCACUCGCUGUAGGUGUACUUAAUAAUAAUCUAGAAUGUAUUGUAUAGAGGAUGAGAAUAUAAUUUCUAUAGUUCUUCAUAAUA